AUGCCGCCCAAAGCCAAGCGUGUAGCGAAGCGCCCGGCAGCACGGGCACAGCCGGAGGAGGAUCCAGAGGCUGCCACAGGCACAGGCUCGCAAGGGGCCGUACCCAAGGCAGACCCAGCAGCCUCUGCAAAACGAAGCCGCGUGAAGGAGGAAAGAGAGGAAUGGUGGGCCGGUAGGAGCUUACAGCAGCUGGAGCAAUGCUUCAAGAAAGAGCUGGCGCUCUUCUUGAAGACCAGCUACGUGGAUCCGGACCGAGUCCCACGCCGGAAGCUCGUCUACUUCCGCCGAAACUAUCUGGAAGUCCCAGGGCUCCGAAAGGGAUGCGAACGUAUCAUCGAGGAGAUCAACUCCAAGGCCAAGGAGCGGCUCCGGACGAUUGAUGCUCAGACAUGGCAGGGCCUCGUGGAGAAGGAGAUGUUGGCAGAUUACUUAGUGGGAGGCUUGGCGGAGACCCGAGGCUCUUUGACCUUGCACCAGCUGCCCAUGCCCUCCACCUUUGGAGAGAAGCCUCCUCAGAAGGACUUGCCUGUGGGGCUCGCAAGGAAGCUCCGGGAAGGCUUGGAAGAUUGGUUCUAUGAUGAUCUGCGAAAAUGGGUGGCUUUGGCAGAGCAGAGUCUCAGUGCUGCCCAGCUCUCCCGGCUACUUUUCGGAGAUGAGGCGGACCACGUGGAAGUGAAGGUCCAAGGCCUGGGCUUCUCGAUCUCUUUCGUCCUCCCUGAGACCGCCAGCUUAAAGGAGAAGUGGCAGGAGAAGCGGCAGCGGGAAGAAGAGUACUACGGCUCCUGGCUCAUCGAAGUGGUCGAUGGUUGGCGUCGCAGGCGAGCUUGCGAAGUACUGCAGAAGGUCCUGGAUGAAACCUGUCCUGUGCAUGCUGAUAGACAAGUUGUGGAGCGCAUUCGCAGCAUCGAGGCACUCUGCAAGGGACGCCUUGAUGUCGGGUUACAGCAUUUGCCGUCGUUAGUCGAUCUCAAAUUAAAUGGCGGAGGCAUCUCGGAGAAUGAUGCUCAACGAAUCCACAGAGAGUGCAAAUCCUUGUUCCCAUGCACGCGUAUACACUCCUGCAACGACGGGCUGGAAAAUGGUCCGGACACCGAAUACUUGGAGCCGCCCGCCACAGUGGGUGUUUUGCCUGCCCCCGAGGAUCAGCUUUACCUAUGUCACAUGGAUGACCCAGUUGGUGCAGACAUUGUUGUCAAGCUUAGCUGGAUUAAGCUUGGAAGCGCCGAGCUCCGAAUCGAAGUCGUGGCCCGUGUGCCGAAGGACUGGAAACGCCCAUAUUCGCUGGCUCUGAGCUUCCAGGACGAGGUCGGCUCACAGGAGAUAUACAAGCUCAUUUGCCAUGAGCCUAGCGAGCAGAAGCGGAUGCUUCCUCCACCGAAGCUUCCGAACCUCCAGGAGCUGGCAAGAAAACUGCAGUACGUCGCGCCAGGCAGGGCUUUCAGUUCUCGUGGCAUCGCACGGGGCCGUCUGAAGGUUUCUGAAUCGACCAUCGAUGAAGCAGGGAGCGGUCCGGUGGCAGUUUUGAUGUGUGAGUUUGGGUGCGGAUAUGGGGAGCACGGGCUUUCGAAGAAGUUCAUUAGGCAGCUUACGAAAGAUGCUUUUGCAAAGUCAUCAGCGGAACGGUGCAGGAGGGCCUCUUUGACCUUGCUCUUCCCUCGGAGGACCUCCAGAGCCUCAAAGAUCUGUCCUUCAUCUUCCAGAUAG